UUUGUUCUGAAACGAACACAUUUUGGACUGGACGGCUUCUCCGGUCGCCCAAUGAAAUAGCGCCCCCCCCCAUGUCCUAAUGUCACAGCCCUCCAUCCAAUCGAAGAGGACGCGGCAGAGACUCGGCUGCCUGACCGUUUCUUCCCGGCUCUAAGCUCCUGAGCGCCCAGCGAUGCUGUGCUGUUGAUCCAGGUGUGAGUCUUGAAGGUUAAUCGGACGGACCGAUCGUCUGCUAUUGCAGGAAAAACAUCCUGCUAAUGUUCCAUCACCAGCUUGGUUCUAAUCAUCACCUCCAGGGGGUUCUACACAGACCAACAUGCUGCACUUCACUGUGCUCCUCCUCUGCCUCCUCUCCCUGACUCUCACUUCCUCUGAUGCAUCAGUGUUCGGAGGGGAACCUGGCUUCUACUCAGACGAUGCUACAGGUUACGGGCCGGUGUUUGAGGAUCAGCCGGUCGACACCAUCUACCCCGAGGAGUCACCUGAGGCCAAAAUCACCCUGAGUUGUCGAGCACGAGCCAACCCACCUGCCACAUACACGUGGAGAUUAAACAGCAGGAAUAUAGACCAGGAUGAAGACAACCACUACACUUUGGUGGGAGGCAACCUGGUCAUCUCUAACCCCAUCAAGAACAAACACGUUGGGAAGUACACCUGUAAGGCCACCAACGACUAUGGCGCUGUGGUCAGCAGAGAGGCCGCUGUCCAGUUUGGAUACCUGGACUUCUUCUCCUCUGAGGAGAGAGAGGCGGUGCAUGUGAAGGAGGGCCAAGGGGCAGUGCUGCUCUGCGCUCCUCCCCCACACUACCCAGACGAGCUGUCAUUCCGCUGGAUUCUGAAUGAGUUCCCCGUCUUCAUCCCUCUGGAUAAACGUCGCUUCAUCUCUCAGACUACGGGGAACCUCUUCAUCUCGAAGGUGGACUCGUCUGACAGCGGCAACUACUCCUGCUUUGUCUCCAGUGCCUCCAUCUCCAAAAGCGUCUUCAGCAAGUUCAUCCCCCUCGUCCCCCUGGCAGAACGCCCAAUAAGGAAGUACCCUGCUGAUAUCAAAGUCAAGUUCCCAGACACCUUUGCACUGGUGGGCCAGAACAUCACACUGGAAUGCUUCGCCCUGGGAAACCCCAUCCCUCAGAUCCGCUGGAGGAAGAUGGACGGAGAGCUGCCGGCCAAUCAUGAAGUCAGCAUGGCAGGGGCCCACCUCCAACUGUACCACGUGCAGUAUGAGGACGAGGGGACGUACGAGUGUGAGGCCCUCAACUCCAAAGGGAAGGACUGGCACCGGGCUCGGGUCUCUGUAGAAGCCUUCCCAGAGUGGACAGAGUCCAUCAGCAGUACAGAGCGGGACAUCAGCAGUGACUUCACCAUGUCCUGUGAGGCCAGCGGCAAGCCCAAGCCCCACGUCCACUGGCUCAAGAACGGCUACUCGUACGAUAAGCAUGAUCUGAAGUUCAGGGGGCUGACGUUUGAGGACUCUGGGAUGUACCAGUGUAGAGCGGAGAAUCGGCAUGGAGUCGUCUAUGCUGACGCAGAGCUGCGUGUGAUUGCGUGCGCCCCUACGUUUGAGCAUAACCCAGUAAAGAGGAGGAUCCUGGGGGCUAAGAACGGCCGGGUGGUCCUAGAGUGUAGACCUAAAGCUGCUCCCAAAGCCUCCUUGUCCUGGACCAAGGGCUCUGAACUACUCUUCAACUCCAGCAGGAUGUUAAUCUGGGAGGAUGGUAGUCUGGAGAUCCUGAAUGUGACCAGGGCAGACGAGGGGCGCUAUACCUGCUUUGCUGAGAACGACCGGGGCAAGGCCAACAGCACAGGCUUCCUCUCUAUCACAGAGGCCACUAAGAUCACCUUGGCUCCGUCCAAUGUGGACGUGACGGCGGGCGAGAGCGCCAGCAUGCAGUGUGCUGCAUCACAUGACUCAACGCUGGACAUCACGUUCGUCUGGACCAUGGACGGCCGCUCCAUCGACUUCGACCGGGACGGAUCCCACUAUGAACGUAACCCAAAUGGUGGUUCAAGUGGAGAGCUGAUCAUCAAGAACACCCAGCUGAAGCACUCUGGACGUUACACCUGCACCGCCCAGACCCCUGUGGACAACGUCUCCGCAUCCGCUGACCUGGUCGUCAGAGGUCCCCCUGGGCCUCCAGGUGGGGUACGUGUAGAGGAGAUCAGGAACAAGAGUGUCCGUCUGAUCUGGAGCAGGGGAGCAGACAACCACAGCCCCAUCUCUAAAUACACCGUCCAAUGCCGGGACUCGUUCUCUCAGGAAGACUGGAGAGAUGCCACCACAUCUCCUCCGGAUGUGGAAGGCAAUGCAGAGACAGCCAUGGUGGUGGACCUGUUUCCCUGGACAGAGUAUGAGUUUAGGGUGAUAGCUACCAACACCCUGGGGACAGGAGACCCCAGCAGCCCCUCUCCCAAAGUCACCACGUUGGAGGCAGUUCCCGUGGUGGCGCCCUCAGACAUUGGCGGCGGUGGCGGGACCAGCAAGGAGCUGACCAUCACUUGGACGCCGGUGCAGCCGCAGUACUACUACGGCCGUAACUUUGGCUACAUCAUCGCCUUCAAGCCUCACGAUGUCUACGACUGGAUGAAGGUGACUGUGGUAGACCCCGAGGCUAAACACUACGUCCACAAAGACUCAUCCAUCCCCGCCUCCACAGAGUUCCAGGUCAAAGUCAAGGCUUUCAACAUUAAAGGAGAAGGACCCUAUAGUCUCACGGCUGUCAUCUACUCUGCACAGGACGUGCCAUCCGAAGCCCCUACCAGUGUGGAGGCCAGGGCGCUGUCUGCCACUGAGGCCAUUGUGUGGUGGCUCCCUGUCACCCAGCACACUGUUGAAGGAUACCAGGUGCGGUACUGGAGGAAAGUGGAGGACAGAGAGGCAUCCAGUCAGAGGGUAGUGGUGUCCAGCAGAGAGAACCAGACAAGGUUGGAGAACAUGAGGCCAAACUCCCCCUACCUCAUAGAGGUCAGGGCCUACAAUGCAGCCGGAUAUGGACCUCCCAGCCAUCACUUCCAGAUCUACACCAAAAAAGCCCCGCCAAGCCGGCCUCCUAAAAUAAUCAGUAAAAAGCUGAAAGGAACGUCAGUAAACAUCGCCUGGGAACAUGUCGAACCUUUGGCCAACGAGUCAACAAUAGAUGGAUACAAGGUCUUGUACAGGAAGGCUGGCCUCUCCACAGGUAUACUGUAUACCACAGGGAAGCGGUCCAUAGACUUGCCCAUGCCCAGGGACGGGGACUGCGUAGUGGAGGUCAGGGCGCAUAGCGAGGGAGGAGAUGGGGCUGUGGCCCAAGUACGCAUCUCAGGAGGAGCCGUCAUGGUCACCCAGUCCCUCAGCCUGGCCUCUCUGCUCCUGGUGGCUAUGUUUUGCCUGCUGGCCCUCUGAAUGUAGUGCAUCUUUCUCUGUCUACACUGCCCAGUCCAGUGAAGGAGACUCUGUGAGGUUGACGCCUAUGAUGACUUUGGUUCCCACAAUCUUUGGUUUCACCCUGAAGGCCAAAGGCUCAUAUUCCCACCUCGAGGAAUAGGGCUUUGUUUGUGGAAGAAAAAAAACACAAUAAGAAAUUUGUAUAAAGGACAAAGAAUGACAUCUGGAAUAUCUCUUAAAUCAUACCUACAAUAUCUUUGAAGGAGGAGCGUCAAAAGGAAGUCUUUCAACUUUUUCAAUAUGCCUUAUAUGUAAACAGUUACACUUAUCUUUCACAAUGCCAUGACUUGCUCCUAACUGGGUGAGGUGUGAGUGCUGAAGUACUGCACAACGUUUGUAAGUAACUGUUUUCAAAUAUAUUGUGAUAAGGGCCUUUCUUGUUCAUUCAUGAAGGUGCAGUAGCUUGGAAGUGUGUGUUUCAUUUGAUGUAGGACAUUAUGGAUCAUUAAUACAAUGUUUACGUUCCUUAUAUAAAGCAUGAGCUAAGCAGGUGAUAUAGUUGUGAAGGAUAAGUCUACAAGUUUACCAAAUUGUCUUUAUAUUUCAAUUGCAUUUCAUUGGCUUUUUCUUAGUACUUUUUAAUCAUUUUUUCCAAGGUAAAUCACACCCUCCACUUACAGAGAUACAGUCAAAUCAAAUCUCUACUCAAGGUCCUUGGCAUACAUCAGAGUUUUAUUAUCAAACAUCAUCAGACAAAAGAGGAAUUUAUGUCAUGCUAAUAUAAUAUAUGCAAUAAUGUUUAUGGUUUUGCCAUCUCACAAGUACAUAUAGCCUACUAUUAACGCUGUAACGUCGUUGUUCUGAGAAACAUCAAGUACAUAUAGCCUACUAUUAACGCUGUAACGUCGUUGUUCUGAGAAACAUAGAUUUUAUCUCCCAAAAAAACAUGCUUCUUUCCAACUCAUAACUUUCUCUAAAUUAAUGGGAGACCAGUUUGGAAGUGUUUGCAUGUAUCUGAAAGAGUUUACUGACAAAACAAGAUAAACUUCUUAGCCAGAGUGAUGCCUGCAUUUUUAGCACAUGUACAUCUGUGUUUGUAAAGUUGAAUGUAUUGAAUAACUGUGGAAAUGAGCUUUAAAACAUAUCAGACCUGCAGUUUCUAACAUGAUAUAAACAAUAUGUGACAGUGGUGCAUUUGGUUUGGUUGUCAGGACACUCAACUGUCCUGUGACCGUCGUGUGUCCAAUGUUGUUAAAGUGUCCAAUUGGAGGAACCAUAAUUAAACUGAGUUUGCAAUCAUAAAUAGAAUUCUAGAAUGGGUAUUUGCCAUUCUUUUUGUCCUGUUCUUAGGAUUCUAUUGCUAUGGUUGGAGUAUCCCAUGAAAGAGUACAUUGAGCACAAAAAGUUGUUUGUUUUGACUGUAUCGUUAAGACUUCAGUGGUAGACUAUAAAUGCUGGUGUUUUGUAAAGAAUGUUGCCAUCUUUUUUAUGUCUUAACUCUUUUAUAUGUUUUCAUAUCUUUAUUAGUCAAUGUCUCAGUGUGAAUCGCAGUGCUAACAGUUCUGCAGUAAUACACACUCGGUCCAGUAACAUUACAAUGUCUGUCUGAAUCUUCAAUCGUCCUUUCUAUUUUAUUAACUAUAACACAACCUGCCUAGCGCCUAAAACAGUUAUGCUAUUAUCGUGUAUCAUUGUCCAUAAACUGGUGCAAAGCACAAGAGAAACAAAAUAAACGAUCAAAAUCAAUAUCUGAGAAUAACCAUCUGAAGCUCAUACAUUUGUCCUACUAUUUUUGCAACAUUGUUUUGUAUUUUUAUCAAUAACAUGAGUGUGAUCAGAGUUAUACUGUAUACAGGAUGCAUUAUCAAUUGGUGUUGUUGUUUUUGUUUAUGUUUGUGAUUAAUAUAUUUCAUCCUGAUGACCCACCACUGGUUCAACAGUAGAGGUUUAUUAUGAUCAUGUACCACUGAAAAUUAUGUGUUUUUGAUUGCUCUGCGAAUACAUGUUCAGUGUGACUGAGUGAUGCUAGCCAUUCUUCUACCAGCUCUGGUCCACGGAGAUACGUGUGGCUUGGUAACGCAAGGUUAAGGUAGCUCCCUGGACCAGAAGCCAUGCUUCUUCUAUAUACAUUGUGACUAUAUCAACAAAACAUCCACCACAAAGUGCUUUUCCCAGUUUCCACUCAUGCAACAAAUCAUCGAAAGAGUUGCCAAAUGCAUGAAUGCCUUGAACUUAUUUGUUAUUUCGAAGGAAACGGUUGCUAAGAAAAUGAACGCUAUGGAAACGGUUGCUAUUACUACAUCCUCUAACAUGCAUGACAUUGGAAACGAGAGGUAUAGGCCUGUACGGUAAAAAAAAACUCCAUCCAUACAUUGCAAUGAGUCAACGUACAGUCAUACAUUCAGGCAACUUCCUAUCAGCUUCAUAUGAACUCAACUGCCUUUGUGGUAAACAAUAAUAAACAUUAAUUCCGUCAUGAGUGAAAUCCCUUUAUGUCAGAGACUGUAUAAUGUAUGCAUACUGUACUUUCUCUAGAUAAGCCUAACAUGUGCAUUAGUUGCCUCAAGCCAGUCAUCUCAAGGGGAAGUCUAUGUAGGGCAGUUUGUUGUAGUUGUAAAAUUAGGAAACCUUUCAAUAAAUUCCCUGAUUUUUCCAGAAAUCCUCAAACCAGAAUUUCUGGGAAUUUGGGGAAAGUUUCUGGAAUUUUUCCAUCGUAAUGGGGGUUAAGGUUUUCGAGAGAAAAACCUUAACUGGCUAAAGGAAUCUCACUCAUUCAGUAGGUUCAGUACGGGUCAGUCCUGCAGUCUCAUUCCUUACUGUAAGAUUGGUUGGGGUUUGAUGACAUUACCACUGUGGUUGAUGAUGCAGGGUUUGGCUGUACAAUGUUCAGUGCUUUGCUCAUACUGUAAUGAAUAGGAAUCACACAUGUUGAGAAGGAGGGGUGAAACUGGACUCUCUCGUUGUCUGGACUUAAAAAGAACAAUAAAAUAAUAGUUACUGUAACUAUU